UAUUUUAUCUAAAGGAAUUAACUCAAUGCCCAGGGCCUACUACAAGCCCUUUACGGCGUAUGAAGAGCUUCUAGGUUUUCGUGCGGUACGUCGUAACGCGUACUUUUUCUGCGCCUUUUUUUUCGGUGCAUUGCUUUUCAAAUUUGCUCUUCUUUCAAAGUACAGCUUGUCUUCUUCAAUGAGCGUGGCUGAUAUCGAGAACAACCCCCAAUAUCAAAACAUGUUGGAUCAACGACUUGAGAUAAUGGAAACGCUGAGUUCGCAAGAGAAUAUGCGGAGAGCCAUGAAGCGACGACUGCAAGCCCCCCCUGCUUAGCGUUGUGGUACGUAUUUCAUUAUAUUAGAGGGGAAAAAUGUUUUUUUUACUCCACUAUGGUAUCGGUGCACGUUUUGGAAGGUGUACGAGAGUGUUUAGGAAAAAUCCCUUUAACAAAAACA